UAUAUGUUAAUUUUGUAGUGAAAAUUUACACCACUAUGUCUGGAAAUGCUUCAAAUUCAGUGGAUACUAAUCCAAGUGCAUCCUUAUCUUUCAAUAGUAGAAGUAAAAAUGCUCCGGGGAACCGGUCUGAUAUUGGAUGGAAACACGGGUUUGAUAUUAAUGGCAAUGGUAGAAAAGUUAAAUGUAACUAUUGCUCAAAGAUUGUGAGUGGAGGAAUAUUUAGAUUCAAACAUCAUCUUGCUGGAACUAGGGAAGAUUCUGAACCUUGUGCCUCUGUUUCAGGAGAAAUAAAAAAUUUGAUGAUAAAGAUAGUUGCAGAAGCUAAGCAUGCAGCAUUAAAGAGAAGAAAGUUGAAUAUCAUUGAUGAAGAAGAUGAAGGAGGACAUAUGUUGUUUGGCUUUAAAGGAAAACAAACAGUUGCCAAUGCUAGUAAAGGGGGAGUCCAAGAAACUAUAAAUCAAAUGAUGAAAAAAGGAUUCAAAGAAGAGGUUGAUGCUCAAGUAGCUGAAGUCUUUUACACUAGUGCCAUUCAUUUCAAUGUGAUUAGAAAUCCAGCAUUUGCAAAGAUGUGUGAAAUGAUUGGUAAAUAUGGAGUUGGCUACAAACCACCCUCUUAUUAUGAUAUUAGAGAGAAGCUCUUGAAACAAGCUAUGAGAAAAACAUAUUUAAUGCUUGAAGAAUACAAGGAGUGGAAGAGAACUGGUUGUACCAUUAUGUCUGAUGGUUGGACGGACAAAAAAAGACGUUCUAUUUGCAACUUCUUGGUGAAUAGUCCUAAAGGGACGACUUUUCUUUAUUCACUUGACACCUUAGACAUUUCAAAAACAACUGAUAAAGUAUUUAAGAUGUUAGAUGAUGUUGUUGAGUAUGUUGGAGAAGAAAACGUAAUUCAAGUUGUCACUGAUAAUGCUGCAAAUUUCAAGGCAGCUGGAGAUUUGUUGAUGCAAAAAAGAGAACGAUUGUAUUGGACUCCAUGUGUUGCACACUGUAUUGAUUUGAUCUUUGAAGAUUUUGAAAAGAAUUUGAAGGUCCAUGAAUUGACAAUCAAGAAGGGAAGAAAGAUUACCACUUACAUUUAUGGAAGAACAAUGUUGAUUUCAUUGUUGAAAAAGUUCACUAUAGGUAGAGACUUGAUAAGACCGGGUGUGACUAGAUUUGCCACGGCAUAUUUGACUCUUGGUUGUCUUCAUGAAUUGAAGGCAUCAUUAUUGACCAUGUUUAACUCCGAUGAGUGGAAGACAAGCAAAUUUGGAACUUCACAAGAGGGGAAAGGAAUAGAACGCGUGGUAUUAGACAACCGAGUUUGGAAGAAUGUCUCCACAUGCUUGAAGGCUACUGCCCCUCUUAUGGUGGUCUUAAGAUUGGUGGACUCAGAUGUAAAACCCACAAUGGGUUUCAUUUAUGAAGAGAUGGACUGUGCAAAAGAAAAGAUUAGAUCCAAUUUUAACAAUAUUAAGAAGAGUUAUGAAGAUGUUUGGAGAAUAAUUGAUGCUCAAUGGGAUAAUCAACUUCAUAGGCCUUUGCAUGCAGCUGCCUAUUUUCUCAACCCCCACUUCCACUAUGAACCUAACUUUAGAUGUGAUGAUGGUGGAGAGCUUAAAGAAGGAUUGUAUGAGUGCAUGAGAAGAUUAGUGCUAGAUAUUGUAGAAAGAAGAAAAAUUAAUUUGCAAAUUGUUCAAUUUCAUUUUGCUAUAGGUCUUUUUGGAAUGGAAGAUGCAAAGGAAUGCAGGAAAGCAUUAAAUCCUGGUGAAUGGUGGGAGAUGUUUGGGGAUGCAACUCCGGAGUUGAAGAGAUUUGCUAUUCGAAUUCUAAGCUUGACUUGUAGCUCUUUGGGUUGUGAGCGUAGUUGGAGCUCAUUCGAGAUGGUUCAUACAAAGAGAAGGAACCGUUUGUAUCAGAAAAAGAUGAAUGAUUUAGUUUAUGUGAUGUAUAACUUGAAGUUGAAAAGUAGACAAAUUCGAAAAAGUGUGCUCCACCAUUUGAUGACAUUGAAUCAGAUGAUGAAUGGAUAACUGAAGAGGCAGAUGAUGUUGUUGAGAUUGAGCAAGCUGAAGGUGAAAUUGAUGUUCACUUAGAUGGACCAACAACAAAUCCAACUCUAGAUGCUCUUGAUCUUAAUAACAUAACUUUUGAUGCCAAUGAGGAUGCACGUUACAUCAGGGGAGGAGUUGGAUGAAGAUGAUGAUGAUGAUAUCAUUAGAGGAUCAGAGGAUUACACAUAGACAUUUGAUAUUUGAAUUUAUGUUUUAUAGUAUUUGUAUAAACUUAUUUAUUUCAAAUACUUUUAAGCUAUAUAAUUUUAUGGACUUGUUUGAAUUAGGAUAUUAUUUAUAUAAAUUAAUUUUUUUUCCUUGUGAAGUAAACUCUUACGAGUUUACGAUUCGAGUUUACUGGGCUUUCACAAGUUUACGUAAACUCUCGAGUUUGACAACCUUGGUUUCAGUUACCCGAUGAUUCAACUUGACCCAAUCCAAAUGAAUUAGAUUGGGUUGGUUUCAUUUAUGAUUGAGUCAAACCUGACCCAACACAAACUAACUUACUCUUAUACAAUUUGAGUGAUGGGUUUAGUAUGGCUGACCCAAAAUCCAACCCAACACUCACUCUUAUACUUGUGUUAUGACAAAUUGUGUUAUGUUUUUUUCUUCACAGCUUGAAUUAGUAUGGUCAAACUUGUUAUAACUUGACUUAUCUAC